AUGAGAGGGUAUUGUGCCACAGUAAAUACUAGAAAUAAAUCAAUUGAAAAUUAUGAAGAAUCUUUUCUUAAAUCUUUCAUUGACGUUAUUUUUUCGUCAGUGAAAGCUUCGGACUUCUAUAACUUCACGGUUACUGACAAACAGGGAAGAGAUUACCCGCUUGAACAGCUUCCAGGAAAGGUAUCCUUGGUGAUCAAUGUGGCUAGCAAGUGCGGUUUUACAGACUCCACUUACAGAGCCCUCACAAAGCUACAUGACCUUAGUAAUGAUGGUUACUUCACGGUGCUGGCAUUCCCCUGCAACCAGUUUGGUGACCAGGAACCUGACAAAGCUGCUGAUGUGGCAGAGUAUAUGAGCAAGGAAUAUGGAGUCGAGUUUCCCAUACUCGAUAAAAUUAAUGUCUUUGGGAAGAAUACCAGCCCUGCCUUCCGCAACCUAGUUGAACAAUCAUCAGUGGAGCCUGAGUGGAAUUUCUACAAGUAUUUGGUAAGCCACGAUGGCGUCGUCCUCAAAGCCUGCACCCGCACCGAGAUGGAGGAAAUUGUCUCUGAAAUACAAGAAGCCGUCGAUGCCGCUAAACUGGCGGCCGAGGAGUCCGGGAAUGAGCCACUCAAAAAGGAUCUUUCAGAUCAGAAGGAAGAGAAAUAA